AUGGAAACCACAUUCCCCGUCAUGAUGGAUCCAACAGACCGACUAAGCCGGGGUGAAAUCAGUGCAGCACCGAUGGUUGUUCAGCAGUAUGCGCGAUACCCGCAGACGCUAGAGUCCUCCCUACGCAGUGCAUCCUCGCUAGGGAGUGCACGCAGCCAGGCAGAAGCCCGUAAAUCGCCUUCCUUGCAUCGCAAGGGUACCCCUCGAAGCUUACAGUCUUCUCCAAGGGGAAUUAGGUCUGCUAUUCCUGCGUCGGCUGCUCGAUCAGGGCCUUCAAUGUCACCGCCUGUAUUUGAUGCCCUGCGCCAUGCGCCAAUGAAAGAUACAACAGACCAAGCAGAGUCUAGAGUCCUACCAUCGCGAGAUAUCACCGAUGAGAACAUUGAUGAUGCCUAUGUGAUGUUCAUAUUUUACUGCAAUCCCAAUGUCCCUUCUUCUGUCGAUACAUCUGAACUAAGAAAGACAUUUCGCUGCCCUCCACGCAGCGAUGGCAAGAGCUUUAGUGUCCAUAAGCUAUUCGAGCUGAUUCGAAGGCUUGACAACAAGGAGCUCAAGACCUGGAUUCAACUAGCAAUUGAGCUAGGCGUCGAGCCACCAUCAAUGGAAAAAAAACAGAGUACACAAAAAGUUCAGCAAUAUGCUGUUCGACUAAAGCGUUGGAUGCGUGCCAUGCACGUCGAUUCAUUUUUUGAAUAUUGCCUCGGACAUCCGCAUGCCUACUACACGCAAUUACCACCCUCUGGCCCAUUCGUGAGUGAAUCUCGUGAUGGGGUGCCGCUGGAGGAGGACCUUGCCCUUCGAGCUCUUGUCCCUCAAUGGAAGCCCAAGAGAGGCAGAAAAAGAGCCGACGAAAGAGAGCUUGAGGAAGAAAAAGUGGCGAAACGACCUUCCUUGGACACUUCGGUAGGAGGCUUACCGCCAGGGAGCUUUCAUAACCACUCCGUGACGUUUCCGCAGAGCGCCAUACCUUUCAGUGCCUUUCCUGAAGACGAUCCAUGGAUGACAGCAAACUCGUCCUUCCCACCACCUGGCGCAUCGGAACAGCAAAAUCAGGAUUUACGUUGGAGGCUUCCAGACCGCGAGACAUCCCCAGCAGGAUAUCCGCAGUCUGCAAUUCUUCCAAGAGGCCACCACGCAGAUAUUAUUAUGUCGGCCGAGCCUCGAUCUGCUGUGACACCAUCAUCCGGAGAGAAGACUCGUGCCAAGCGCAAGCAUGGCCCUGCAGUUUCAUCCGCCUGGCCAACUAGUAAUAACCCGUCCAAUGGAAAGAGUCGAGGAAGACCCCCCAAUAAACCUUCAUCUGGUUCUUUUUCGACCUUUCAGCUCCAGCCAAGCAGAGAAUCAUCCCAGAUUCCGCCAACUUCGGUUCCUCAAUCACCUCCACCAGCUGUGGAUCAUAAUGGCACCCCAAGUACUGGGCCAACACCAUCCUAUAAUCAAUCACCUACCCCUGCCACCCAAGGCAGACCAGGAAAACUUCAACUGCAGGUUCCUCAACACAUGGGGGCCCCGGUACGCCUUGCCACACCCCCAACAUUGCUAGUGAACGGUGUCAACGGAGCAAUUAUUGCUCAGUCCACGGAAUCUCAACCCCAGGUUCAUCCACAAUCUCAUCAUCAUGUUCAAUCUCAGACUCAUUCUCCAGCCCAUCCUCAACCACACCCCCAAAUUUACUCCCAAGGCCAUCCUCAGAGUCAUCUCCAUACCCAUCCUCAAGCCCACCCUCAAAUGCAUCAUCCCCAAGCUCAUUCCAAUGUCCAUCCCAAUAUUCCUCAACAGGUUGACCACAGGGGUACACUUGGUGAGCCUGGUCCGACAGUCGAUCAACGAGCCGUGGAGACGGCUCCCAAAGUACCAUUCGACGAAAUCAUUCGCGCUCUAUCAAGUGAGCUAUUAGGAGCGCGUGUCAUGAGACCGACACCACUUAAUCCCGAGGAGGCUCAUACACUGGCUGCUAUGAUGGUAUUUAAUUCAUCUGCGCAGUACUCAAAACUACCGAUUGAGUUACAUUCCUAUCUCCUGGCCUUUAAUCUUGGCGUGGGACACUACUUUGGGUUUUCAGCUCCUAGGCAAACGCCCAUGGUUGUUCAUAUUGAACACCCGACCCCGGAUGCAAAUGACCAGGUACCGGGCCCCAAAGAGCCUCGUUACAGUGUCUCUUACGAUUACAACCCCACUGGCCACUUUUCAACCCACACAGCUAUUGGCAACAUGAAUCCUGCAAUUGCUUUUGUUGGGCCGCCACCGCAGCCACCGGCUCCGCCUCCUGAUCAUCGAAACAAGGUCCCUGAGAGUGAUAAUGCAUCAAACAUUGAAAUGGAGGAAGACGACGGUGAAAAUCCUGCCUCUGAUGCCACAUGGAAACAGCGAUUCAUGAAACUUCGAUCGCAGAUGCAAAAGAAGGAUCGUGCCUUGUCGCAAUACAAGCGAAAGAUUGUUGAAUCGGUCAUGGCUGAUAUUUGA